AUGUCAUCACAUUUAUUGUCAUCAAGAUUGAAUUUGGGAGGUAAAGGAAAACAUGACUCAGACAACAAGGACAAGCCUUAUAAGGUCUUUGUCAAAGAUCUGUUUCUUUUUAAAGAAAAUGAAUUGGCGGCCAAGAAAAAGGAGAAAGUUUUGAACCGUAGCAUGAAAGUCUACCAGAAGACGACGUUCUCCUCCCGAAUGAAGAGCCGGUCACACUUGAACCAGCUGACUUUUUACUCUGACCCAGGCGGUUCAUUGGAAAAUAUGGGGCUAGAUCCGACUCUCAUUCUCAGGUUGACAGAAGGUGCAGAUGCAAAAAAGACUCUCUUUGACUUUAUAAAUGACCAGAGAAGCAGGUUUCUACUUGAGUAUGCUGUGGCGACCAAAAAAAACACGAUUAAAAAGCUUGAUAAAUGUAUAACAACAAAGGAGAAUCAACUGAGAAAAGCAGAGAAAAAGCUUCAGGAGGACGCGAUGGCCUUUGAAGAGUUCCUUCGAGAAAAUGACCAGAGAUCUGUAGACGCUCUCAAAGUUGCAGCUCAAGAAACUCUAAACAAACUCCAAAUGACAGCCGAGCUGAAGAAAGCAAACAUGGAGAUGCAGGUGAUAAAAAGUGACAUAACAAAAACAGAAUUCCUUCUCAGGGAGUACAUGCAAUAUGGAUAUUUUCUGUUGAAAUUAUCUCCAAAACACUGGCAAAUACAACAAACACUAAAAAAAGAGCAGGCGCAAAAAAGUAAUACUGUUCUUCCAAAAAUAGUACCAAAAAGCACGGGAAGUUCACAUAAAAAACACCACCGGGUGGAUGGAUCUGAAAAAACAUCAUCAGAUGAACAUUAUACAGUAAAAGUGAACAAAGGAAAGCACCUCAAGAAGGCCAAUUUAAUCCCAGAGGCCAAGAAAUCAUUCAGCCGGCCUGAGAGUAGCAGCUCUGAAGACAGUUUGGAUUUCAUUUUAGAUAAUGACAUCAACUUUGCUCUGGAGCCUGAGAUUUACUUCAAGGAACCAGAAGAGUUACUUCAAGUCCUCACUGAGCUGGAAGAGCAAAAUCUUAAUCUGGUCCAGUAUUCCCAAGAAAUAGAUGAAAAUCUUGAUGAGGUCAACAGAAGAGAAAAAAUUAUACAGGAUAAGAUAAAUGCCAAUGUCUCCUUCUUGCUGGAGCACAAGGAAAUGCUCAAGGUCCAGUGUGUGAGAGAGGAGGAAAAAGCAGCAGAAUUGGAAUUGAGAUCCAGGCUCUUCAGUUUUGGAGAAUUUAAUUCAGAUACUCAGGAAAAGCUGAUACAGUCACUUAGUAAAAAAAUCAAUCAAGUGUACACUAUGUGCAUUGGAGAAGCUGAGGUUGGCAGCAUGACAGCAGUUCAGAAACUGGUCAAAGUAGAGAAUCGCCUGGUGGAACUGAGUGAUCUCAUCGAGUCCAUUCCCAAAGAAAAUAUGGAGGCGAUUGAGAGGAUAAAGCAGAAGGAGAGACGGCAAAAGCUGCGUGAUGAGAAAAUGAGAGAAAAACAACGCCACCAAGAGGAAAGAUUAAGAGCUGCUCUGGAAAGAGCCGUAGCACAACCAAAGAAAAAGUUGGGAAGACGACUCGUCUACCGCUCAAAACCUCUAUCUUCUAACAAAGAGGAAAUAGUUCUAGUCACUGACUCACGAGCAAAAUCACUGGAGGAAGAGUAUUUUUUUAGUUGAAAAGGAGCAACAAGAUUUUUAUUACAAAUGUUUUCAUAGAUUUUGACUGAGUAAUGGCAGAUCCUGCCACAUACACUAUCCUAAUUUAAGGAAGACAGACCCUUAUUGCAAAGGUUUAGGAUCGGAGUUAUUUUCCUUUUUUUGUUGAAGCUUCCUAUUAUUCUUAAGUACUAUUCCAUACGGCUAAACAUUUGUCUAUUUUGAGUUGUCCCACUUGGGGAUAUACCUAUAUAUAGGGAAAUGACCAUUAAGAUGUAAUAACAGCCGGUUCUCUGACAUGAGAAUUUAAAUACUAUUUUCUCAACUGGACUAAAGGGAAGUUCAUAGUAUGCUCUUAACAGUAUGGAAUGUACAUUAAGAGUGUACAAAGCAGCACAUACACCAAAACUGGAAUGAUACAGAGCAGAACUCUCAAAGUCUCAAGAGUUUUUCUGAUAAUUAAUGGUGUCAGAACAUACCCCUAAGACUGUUUUCAUCUCACAUUAAGUUCUGUUCAGAAAAGUUUCUCUCAAGUGAACAAAGCACAGCCCUUUGAACCUAAAUGUCAGGUCACUAUUUCUGUUCUGUCCUAUCUCCACACUGUAAUUUCUAGGUGAGGUUUCAACUUUAGCCAUACUAUGUAAUUUGCUUAGCAUAUACUGAUACAGAAUAUGCAUGUAGUUUGCUAAGUAAUACAGUAUGUAUUAAUAAGAAAUGUUGAACUUUAUACAUGUAAAAAGUGGCUUAAAAACCUUAAAGUAGUUGCUUUUAAAAGGUUUCAUUUAAUAGAUAAGGGCUGAAAUUCACUUUUAUAACACCAUUCAAGGGAUAUAUUCGCUUCUUACAGAAAAAG